GCUGCCAACCCUCCCACGCUUCACUCCAACCUCCAUCACCGAGUAAAGAAGAUGGGGCCCAUGUUUCAGAAGGGGAUGAGUUUGGUGUAUUUGCACUUCUUCCUACUCUUGUUCCCUUGGUGGUGAUAUGAAAGGUAGCCCUUCUCCUUCUCCUCCUCUGCUCCUAAUUUGAGGCAAAGCAAAGUGGUGGUUGGCUAGCAGUUUCCAUCAACUCGCACAUACAAAAAGAAAAGAGCAUGGGGUCUGGGAACGAGGCACCAAGUUGGGCAGAUCAGUGGGGCACAAGUGGGGGCGGGUACGAUGACAAAGGCGAUGAGACCAAGGCCAAAGGCAGUGGGAAGAAGAUGGCUCAUGUGAAGGCCGUGGCUUGGGCGAGCCUGGACAAGGCCAAGGCUGCCGCGACCGUGGGAGCCCAGAAGGUCAAGAGCGGGGCCAGCACGGGCAUCAAGUGGGUCAAGACACAGUACCAGAAGAGGACCUCCAAGUGAUUGAAUGAUCUCUCCUGUCCAAAGCGUCGAUGUCUUCCAAGUUUGUUUAGUUAUCAAUGCACGCUUGCUUUUGUGGUGCUUGUUUAACCAAACAUUUUGAAUUAAUGUUGGUUUUGAAAUCAAAAAAGCAGCCUACUUUUUGAAUCAUAAUGUAGUUGUAUAAGAGGGAUGAUAAACCUCGAAAGUACUAAUAUCUGAAGCAGGAACAACCACAUACUAAUCAUCCAA